AUGAAUAAAAGCAAAAGCAUAAAUAAAAAGAGAGUCGAAACGAAGAAAAAGGUGGAUAUCCCUGAAAAAUUAGGAGAUCCAAAAAGUAAUAGAGAAAAUGGGACUGCAAAUGAAGGAAAUACAAAGGAGAAAAAAGUUAAAAAUAAAGAUGAAAAAAAAAGAAAAAUUAGUGAAAAUACCCAUAAAAAAGUAGAACAUCAGAAUGAACAAAACGAAACUCUCAACGAUUAUCAAUCCAAAAAGAACGAUCCUGUUACGGGUGGAACGAUAAGUGGUAACUUACCAAAUACAUGUGAUCAUACGGUGGUUCUACCUAGAGGGGAAAAUAUGGAACCACCCAAAAAAGUAAGAAAUAAAAAAAAUGGGCCGAAAGGGGAAUCACUUGUCAAAACGGGUGCAUUCGUCACAUAUGAUUUAAACCGUGCUAACGAUGUAAACCAAAUAAAUGAUGUAAAUCAAACAAACAAUGAAAACAUCACAAAUGAUGAAAACAUCACAAAUAAUGCAAACAACACCAACGAUGCAAACAACACCAACGAUGCAAACAACACCAACGAUGCAAACAAUGCCAACAAUGCAAACAAUGCAAACAACGCCAACGAUGUAAACGUCACAAAUGAAAAGCAAAACAAGAAGAAUAAAAAGGGGAAAAAAAACUGUACUGGAGGAGAGAAAAAAAUGGGUAAUCAAACCGUUGAACAGAAUAUUGUUCGAGAGGAGAAAAGAAAGGCGAAUGCUCAAAAAUUCCCCCUAGAGGAGGAAAAAAAAAUGACAAAGGGUCCGACUCCAGACGAAAAAUCUAGAUCUAAUUAUGAACCCAUCAUUACUGAUUGUGACUUAGCAGAAAUGAGCGAAGAAAAAAAAAGCAUAUACAUAUCAUCAGAUAAGAAAGUUUUAGAAAGGGAAACAAAAAAUGAAGAUGAUAAAAUUUGUAAGGAUACCCAUUUAGUAAGAGAAAACAUCACUGAAACGAAAGGAAAUGUAAACAAAAAAAAAAUAAUAAUUAAAAAAAGUGAUGACAAUGCGAAGAAAGGUGACGAAGUAAGCAAUUUAGAGACAAACACAGCCGAUGAUUAUGAAAAAAAAUCUCUUUCCAAAUUAUCUAUUUUGGACGAAAAAAACAAAAAAAAGAAUUCCAACAAAAGCGAAAAUGUAAACAAGGUAAAACAAGUAAAAGUUAUGCUAAAUGAAACCGAAGCAAAAGAAAAAAUUUAUAAAUACAUGAAACAAACUAACAGACCAUACUCUGUCAUUAAUGUGUACGACAAUCUACAUGGUAGUAUCAGCAAAAACGUUGUUCAAAAAUUAAUGGAUGAAUUAAGUUCUGAGGAAAAAUUACAAUGUAAGGAAUAUGGGAAAGCCAAAGUAUACUUGAUAAAUCAGAAAGUGUUUAAAAGUUUAGAUAUGCAAGAAAUUGUGAAUUUAAAAAAAGAUAUCGAAAUUAUAAGAAAACAAACUGAACUAGCUAAAAAUGAUUUCAACUCUUUUGUAAAAACAAAAAAAACGUUUAUUCAGGAUUUAGAACUAAUUCAAAAUGUAGACAAGUACAAAAAGGAAAUGGAAUUAGUUCAAGAAGAGAUAAACUUCUAUGAAGAGGCAAAUAAAACUUGUCAAUUAACACUUGAAGAAAUUGAUAUUAUUAAAAAUAAACAUGGAUAUUUGCAUUCCAUGUGGCUCAACAGAAAAAAACUCUGCGUCGAAAUAAUUAAGUGUAUAGCUACCUUAACAGAUAAAGACACAAAGGGAAUCAUCUAUCAUUUGGGGAUUGAUGUGGACGAGGAUGUAGUGCCUUCCAGUUUGUAUUUGUAA